UUUUUUUCCCUUUCUUUUCUCCUUUUUUUUUUUAUUCUUUAUUUCUUUCUUCUUUUUUCUUUUUUUUUCUAUCAACUCAGCAAAAUGAUGAAUGUGAUAGGUGCAAGUGUAUCAGAAGCAACCUUGACUUCUCAUCAUGAAACAAGAGAUAUUGUUUUACCCAAUCAAACGGAUCAUGUUCCUCAAGUGGCUGUAGAUAUAGGUGGGUCAUUGGCCAAAGUAGUUUAUUAUACCCCUUCUUCACCUUCCAAAGGUGGACGACUUCAUUUCAAGAUAUUCGAAACUGAACGCAUAGAUGACUGUAUUGACUUUAUUGCCAAAUUGAUGACCUCAGCAAGGGCUCUGGCUCCUAAUAUCAACCAAGUAUUACAAGCAACAGGUGGUGGUGCUCAUUUAUUUUAUAACUUACUGAAACGACGAUUACCUGGUGUGGUCAUUGAAAAGGACGAUGAAAUGGAAUGUCUUGUUGCUGGUCUAAGUUUCUUUAUUACUGAAAUACCCUAUGAAGUCUUUACCUAUAAUGAAUUAGAUACUAAUCCUAUUCAAUUUGAAGAAACUCCAAAGAACAUAUACCCUUACAUGAUUGUCAAUAUUGGUUCAGGGGUUAGUAUAUUGAAAGUGACAGGACCAAAUCAAUUCACACGUAUUAGUGGCACAUCGCUGGGCGGUGGGACUCUAUGGGGUUUAUUAUCCUUAUUGACAGACGCUGGUUCAUUUGAUGAUAUGUUAGCCAUGUCAAAGGAUGGGGAUAAUCGAAAUGUCGAUCUAUUGGUAGGUGAUAUUUACGGAACAGAUUACAGCAAGCUGGGAUUGAAAUCGUCCAGGAUCGCCUCCAGUUUUGGCAAGGUAUUCAAGAAAGGUGUUCGACAAAAUAAAUCAAGUUUUGAACAAUCUGAUAUAGCGAAAAGUCUACUUUAUAUGGUCAGUAAUAAUAUUGGACAAAUUGCCUAUUUGAAUGCUCAACAACAUGACAUUAAACGUAUUUAUUUCGGUGGUUGCUUUAUUCGAGGUCAUCCAAUCACAAUGAAUACUUUGUCUUAUGCCAUCAAGUUCUGGUCCAAUGGUGAUAUGAAGGCUUUAUUUUUACGUCAUGAAGGUCAUCUAGGUGCUACUGGUGCUUUUCUGAAACAUCGUACUUUACCAAAAUCAAAUCUUUCUUGUGCAUUCCCUAUUUAAUAUAUAUAUACGUAUAUAAUCCAACAAUUCAUUCUAGUACAAUUUAUUCCAUAGUUUAGAUUUUUAUAAGAAAUAGUAUAUAGUUGAUAUUUUAUUUUAUUUUUACAAUAAUAUAUAAAAAAA